ACGCGGCUAGCCGACGCCCGACGGCACGGUUCCAGCCUGACAUCUGAGGGUCUCCGCGAGCCGCUGCCAGCGUUCACACCUCCCCUUCUCCCUCCCAGCUAGCCCCAGCUUGCCUGACGCGGAGGAGAGAGGAGAGCGGAUCUGCCUGCCAUGAUGUGGGGGAUCGCCGCCGCCGUAGCGUCCGCCGCCGCCGUCGCCGUGGCCUCCGGCGCCGAGCUCCUCGCGUGCGACUGCGCCCCGACGGCGCCGGUCGUCGUCGGCAGAUGCGACGGCUUCUUCUUCAGGCAGCAGCACCAACAGGGAUCCUCUUCGUCGGCGGGGGAGAGCGGCCGCGACGGCAAGUUCGCGCCCCGAUUCGACGGCCUGCGGUUCAUCGAGACGCUCGUCACCGCCCACCGCUGAAGACGCCUGUUGUUCGACCGACCGCCUCUGUUUCCUUCCUCAGGGGAUUCCUUUUUCUUUUCGUCUUCUUCCUGCGAUUCGACGGAAGAAGCUAGCUGCUACACUAUUGAUUCGGCUAUUGGUGGCCAACACGCUGCCAAAUUUUUGCUAGGAUAUGGUUGAGGCUUUUGAUUUUCUUUCUUCCCCUUUUCUUUUUAGUUGGAUGAUGGUCGUCUUAUUGUUGAUUGAGGUGAUGCUAUUGAAUUGAAACCGUGAUGAUUGUAUGUACUUAUUAAGAGCCUUGGUUCUUUACCUGAUUUGUUGGUACAAGCUGUAUGAACUCAUCCCCAAAAUUGCCAUUC